UAUAACAAAUAAACAAAAAUAAAAAUUAAUGCGGCGGUUUAAUUUAGACGGCUAGAGGCUUGCGCAAACAACACCGCCUGUCAAAACUGAACGUCCUAAUCGAUGCCUCAAGCUAAAAUCUGAUUUGAAGCGGUCAUUAACUUUGCUGGCAGCCCCAUUGUUGUUUGAUUGCAAAAAAAAAAAAUUAUGCAAAUAGCUUGUAGACAAAAUCGCUUACAUGUUUAGAAACCAAACAAACUUUCCUUUUUAUGCUUGUAUUCAUAUUCAAAUUUUUUAUUUUUUUAUUAGAGACAAAGAGUGUGGCGAAAGGUGCGCAUCCGAUACGCUACUAUGCCUGACAAACAUAUUUUUCAAUUCAUUCGAGCUUAUUUGACUACGCAGCUUCUUCAACGGUAAAUAUUAAAAUAAUUCGGUUUAUUUUUAAAUUCUUCCAUUGAUAAAUGGUUCGAUCUGCAUUUCGAUAGAUUUGCGGGUUCUUAUUAACAAUUUUUGCAAGCAACACAAUCAGUUUGAAAGAAACCUUUAAGGUGUUUGGAUUAAAAGUAACUUUUAAGCGGCCCAUAAGAGUGGAUUAAGCGAUUUUAGAAGAUGUUGCGGCAAUUGAUAUAUAUUCUGACAAUUGCGAUUUGCCUUAAUUUCGUCACAACCAAAGUGUUGGAAAAGCAAGCGGCUCGUGGUAUCAGCAACUCAGCACGGCAACCACUUGAUAGCACGUCCUUUGAUUACGAUUAUUUUUCGCCUCAGGCACGGCAAAGUCAAACACCAACUCAGCGACCAUUCAUAAACUACUGGAAUAACCUGGUGCAAAAUAUACGUCUCCCAGUACCUUAUAUCAGGUGGAAUAUGACUAACCCGCUGGUGAAUCUAUUCAACGCCGGUGCAACCAAUGUUAUCGACACUCCAGUGGGAAACUAUAACAAGAGAAACACAAAACGCAAGCGCAACAAAAAAACAAGAACCCAACAAGAUAUGCUUACAAAACGCACCAAAAAACCCAAAUACACAAAUUCAGCUUAUGAGGGAGAAGAUGAACAGAUGUAUCAGACUACUAGUUAUAAUGAUUACGAAGUACCAUACAAAACACUCUAUUUUUAUGAUGCGCGCACUGGUCAAUAUUAUAAAAUGCAAAACUUGCAUACUAAUAACUACUUAAGUGCUUACAAUCCCGCUAAACAGCAGCCGCAGCAGCCGUACGAAUUUGAAGAGGAAGAAGGUACUGCAGAACAGCCAGUUCGGCACGAGGUAGCUGCACAAAUUGAGCCGCCAACUGCAGAAGCAUCUGUCGAAAGUAAUAACUCUGAUGAUGAAGCAAUGCAGGAAACUAGCGAAGAAGAAACUCUUCCUGACUCACAAGAAGCAAAAGAAUCUGAAGAAGUUGAGGUAAUACCCCCAGAUAUUGAAAUUAGCGAUGAGUCAAAAGAGGAGCCUACUCUAGGAAGACAGUCAGAUCUUAUUAAGCAGACUAAACAGCAUAAAGUAAAAAAUAUUGAAAAACUGCAUAACUCACUUGCCGCUUACAUGAAAGACGAUCACUUCAAUAGGAUGCGUCAGCGGGCAAACACAAAACUAAGUUCAGGAGCUAAGCAAAACAAAGAAAAAUCACUGCCUAGGAAGAAGUUCGCAUAUUACAUAUUACAACCAUUUUAAUGUCUAAGCUAAAAUUAAAUAUUGGUAUUCAUGCCGUGGUUUUAAUAAUAAUCAGUUUCCAACUAAAAAAAUCACUGAAGAAUUAAAUCUAACUGGAUAACCUUACAACCAGGAAAGCGUGAAGACCUACCCCUAUUGUUUUAUAUUCCAGAUGAAGAUAUAAAAUUUUUACCAACUAAAAGAAUAGCAAUAAGUAGAAGGAAUGUGACUAUAGAAAAGGGCAGUUGUAUUACUUUUGCAUAGUUAAAUUUAAGUUACAAGACAGCAGAAUUAUAAACAUUAAAUAGUAAAUUAGCUAAGAAUUAAAAAUAAAGAAC